AUGUCUCUGCUUACCAAUUAUGAGGGACUUCGGCAUCAGAUAGAGAGGCUGGUGAGAGAAAAUGAGGAACUGAAGAAGUUAGUGCGGCUCAUUCGGGAGAAUCAUGAGCUCAAGUCUGCAAUCAAGACUCAGGCAGGUGGCCUCAGCAUCAGCGGGUUCACGAAUGGGCUUGGUGAGGCAACGGCAGGAGCUAACCAGGGUGUCUUCCUGCCCCCAUCCCCAGCAGCAGCAAAUGAACCAGUCCUGGAAGAUGUGGGGGUCAUGGCCCUGACUCCCCUGGCGGAUGUGCUGAACAGCCCACAGAUCAGCCCUACAGCAGGCUCCCUCGUGAGCCCCCUGGCAGGCCCUAUCAACUCACUGCUGUCUGGCCCAGUGCCUAUGUCGCAGAAUGGCCCCCUACCUGGCCACCUGACCAGUCCCAUGGCCGUACCCCCUGGGGCCACCAUGACCAGCUCCCUAGGCCUGACCUCAACUGGCUCCUUGACUCCAAGCAGCCCUCUGGCAGGCCCCCUGGCCAUGUCUCAGAGCAGCCCCCUUAUGGCCCCUAUGGCAGGCACAGUGGCUGUCUCUCUGAGCAGCCCCCUGCUCUCCUCCACGGCUGCCCCUCUAGGUGUUUCUCAGAACCUUGUGCCCAACCCCAUGAAAAACCUGGUGCUGCCGGAGGCCCCGAGGGUGCGGCUGGCAGAGCAGUUCCGAGGAAGCCCCUCUGGGCCCCAUUCCUCAGCCAAUGCAGGGCCGGCUGCCACCCCCAAAGUCACACUCUCCAGUGAGCACCCCCAGCCGACCCAGGACCCAGAGUCCCUCAGCAUGGCGUCUGUGGGUGCACCCCUUCAGAUUUCCACCCCCACGGUCACCAUGGCCACACCCACUCUCACAACAGCCUUCUCCUACGGCACCCCGGAUGGCCAGACCCAGCCCGGUGCUCCCCAGGGACAAAUGGGCCCUGCCUCUGUCCCCAAGUCCCUAAUAGCCUCCUCUGCUGGCACAGUCAUCGCCCCCGCCCCCACGCCUGCCCCCCAAGCUGCUGCCAGAACCACUCACCCCCCUUCCCGGGCCCAGCAGUCCCCCCCGCGGCCUUUGCCUACCCCCCGUCCUCCGCACAACCCCCACUCCCCGCCUCGCACCUCGUCCUCUCCGGCUUCAGUCAACGACAACCGGAAUUCGCGCGCCACGGAGCCCUCUCGGAAGAGCGUGCUGGAAUUGGAGCGGAAGAUGGCGCACCGCAAGACUGGCAAGUGUCCCGACGGCUCCCGAGAGUCAAAGCAGCUGGCCUAGAGGCUGGUGGGGGAGAUCGCCUUCCAGCUGGACCGCAGGAUCCUGUCCAGCAUCUUCCCCGAGCGCGUGCGCCUCUACGGCUUCACUGUCUCCAACAUUCCGGAGAAGAUCAUCCAGGCCUCCCUGAACCCCAAUGACCACAAGCUGGACGAGGAGCUGUGCCAGACACUCACGCAGCGCUACGUGAGCAUCAUGAACAGGCUGCAGAGUCUGGGCUACAACGGACGCGUGCACCCAGCACUGACAGAGCAGCUGGUGAACGCCUAUGGCAUCUUGCGCGAGCGGCCCGAGCUGGCCGCGUCGGAAGGUGGCUCCUAUACUGUGGACUUCCUGCAGCGUGUGCUGGUAGAGACCGUGCAUCCCAGCAUGCUCACAGAUGCACUGCUACUGCUCUCGUGCCUCAACCAGCUGUCGCACGACGAUGGCAAGCCCAUGUUCAUCUGGUAA